GAGUUCAGUUCAUAUACGUUUGUCUUAUUUACAUUUAUGAAUAUGUCACUUUAAAUAAAGUGGGGUGGAUUUUGGGUGGCGUUGAUGCAGAAAGCUGUUGGAGUUAUCAGCCUGCAAAUUCUGAGGUCAUGAGUGAAGUGGGAACAGCAACAAUUGAAGGAAAUCCCCAUUGAGACCAAGAGCUUGAUAGCCUGCAAACUCCCCAGUGGAUGGUUUUUACUUUCAUGGGACAUUUUAUCCACAGCUCUGUCAGGACUCUUGGAAACAUCAGAGGGAGGACUGUAUGUAGUUUCUCUUCACUUAACCCCCACAUUCUUAAUAAGAACACAUUUGUGUCGUUAAUAAUUAUUUUUUGCAAACAUCACAUUUACAUGAAGACACAUGGACUGUACGACACGCGUCACUUCACACAAAAAAUAAAUGGUGCCAAGAGGACAAUUGUUAAAACACCCUGAUACAUAGGAAAUGAUGCAAAAGGAAACAACCCUGUUUCCCAGUGUUAUGUCCCACACAGAUAAGCAAUGCAUUUGCUAAUUUUAAAGCCAGAGAGGGAAGGAAGCAUGACAGCAAAGUUUCCGCCACAGCAAACACUAGAAGGGGGGGAAAAAGUCAAGAAGCCUGUCUUGGAAAAAGCUCAGUGUUGGAUGUGACUGCUCGGAGUCAGGGUGGAAUCUUUCACAUCGGCUUAUGGUGGAAUAAUGGCACACAAUGAAACACAUCCCUUUAUGGAAAUUCUAAAUUCAGUUAAUCUCGGUGAUAUGAUUCUUGCCUUCUGUUUAUCAAUGCUAGUGGGCCUUCUGCUUGGCGCUCUGGUGUACGUCCUGUUGACCUGGGCGUCCAGGCGUCAAGCCACUGUCAUGAUCACGAGACGUUCCAAAAGGAAAUCUCGCACCUCACAAUCAAACAACCCCACGAAUGGCCAGCUGGGCCUUUACAGAAGCACCUUUCUGAGUGUCUACAGGCAACCGUCUCUGGAGCCCGUGGGUCCACUGGGGAGCAAACCCGGAGCAGAGACCUCCACCUUCCGACCAGUGCCCAAGAGGAGCAGAGCCGGCCUGGAGAUGGCAGAGGACACCCAGGUGGACAUGCCUGAGGACACAGCAGCUUCCAUCUCAUCCGAUUCAGAAUCACUUGUGCCAAACAAGAGACACUCCUUCUGGUUGGGGGGCAACGGACUGAAAGGAUUCCUCCCCUCUCACACUGGCCCUCCUGCGUACGACAGUGUCAUCCAUGCAUUUGAAGAGACUUGCACUUGAAACAAAAACACUACAAACACUGAAAAACAACAACAUUGUGGGAUUACAACAGACUCUGCGGCUGUGUUCUGAUCUGCAGAUUUCUCUGCAAACUGAAUUAUAAGCCAUUUCUGCCACAUCUCGGCAUGUGACUGAAUAGCAGAGCCAGCUGAGUAUUACAUAAUGGGGAUAUAGAUUAGAGUUGCAACUAACUUAUUGUACAAUUUGUAGAUUAUCAGUUAACCAGUUACCUGUCUCUAUGCAAUGUCACACAAUAUAACAAACAUAUUCAUCGCAGGGUCUAAAGUGAUGAACUGAAUAGUCAUAAAACACAAACUAGCAGUACAUUCUCAAACGAGAAGUGUUUGAAAAUAACUUUUGAGUUCUAAAAUACAAGCAUAUGUUUUCUUGUAGGAUGUCAUUGUUCUCCAGCUCAGAAACAAAGCACAUUUGACUGUAAUGAAAGCACUGUGUCCUACAUAUAAUUAUCUAAAAACACAAUAAAAUUGAAUGAUGAUUUAA